GGGUUGAACUUUGUUUGAUACCAAAUGAACACGGAUGCUACUCAUUGGUGACCUCGAGCAUAUCUUAAGGUCGGUUUUUUUUACAUUCUACAUUCAAUAACUCAUCUCAUCUUGUAGAUUACAAAAUAACCAGAGAGAUGAUAAAAUAGAAUAGAAUUUGGUGUUUUUCUUUUUCAAAUAUUCUAUUUUAUCAUUCUCUCAUCUUCUUUGUCUUCUUUAUCACCUCUAUUUUAUUUCUUCUUCUUCUUUUUCCUUUUCAUAACAAACCAAUCGAAAUACCAUCAUAAUCAAACUAAUCGUCUAAAUCAAUUACUAUUUAUGUAUCAUCAUCAUCAUCAUCAUCAUCGACAACAAUCAACAAUCAACAAUUUAAUCAAUGUUUAUGUGAUGAUAGAAACAAUGAUCAAUUAUCAAUAAUCAUCUAAUUGUUAUCAGUGUUUCCCAAUGUUUGCUAAUCUCAGAUGAGCCAAUAACCAGGAAUCGAAAGAUUUGUUGGAUUAAAACCAGAAAAUCAGUUAAUUGUUUACACUACGAAAAUUUCAUGAGAUGAUCAAUAAAAUGACAUUGUUUUCAAAUUGACGUGUGAACGUGUGAGUUUAGUAAAUUGUCAACAACAUAAUCAACUAAAUCAUCAUCACAAUUAUCAACAAAUUGACCUGAAUUGUUUUACCAACGGUGAUUAUCAAAUUGGAAUAAUAAUUGAGAAAAUAAUUCUCAAUGUUUCCUCAAUUCUGAAUUAGCUGAUUGUCAUUUUUGUUUCCUCUCUCUCAUUUGAUUGCCAACAAUGAAAUUAAAUCAUCAUCAUCGUCAAUAGAUUAGUAUUUAUGAAUGGAAUCAAAAACAAAAUAAAGCUAAUCAACAUCUCAUCCUAAUUGUUUUUCUCGUGUCACAAUUACUCUCUCUCUCUCUCUCUCUCUCUCUCUCUCAAUCACUCACUCUACCAAAUCCUCAGAAUCGUAAUUAUAUAAUUUACAUGUUAAUUAAGUGAGAAAAACGAAAUCGUCAUUAAAUCAUGUCCUCAACACGAGAAUCAAAUGCUCGAGAGGAGAGAGACCUUCAUCAUUAUCAAUAUGUUGGACCUUACAGACUUGAGAAGACCUUGGGUAAAGGUCAAACAGGAUUGGUUAAACUUGGAAUUCAUUGUGUUACCGGUAAAAAGGUCGCAGUUAAAAUAAUCAAUCGAGAAAAACUUUCCGAAUCUGUAUUACAAAAGGUUGAACGUGAAAUUGCAAUCAUGAAGCUCAUUGAACAUCCCCAUGUACUUGGUUUAUAUGAAGUUUAUGAAAACAAAAAAUAUUUGUAUCUGAUUUUGGAACAUGUUUCAGGGGGAGAGCUAUUUGAUUAUCUUGUUAAAAAAGGUCGCCUUACACCCAAAGAGGCUCGAAGAUUUUUCCGUCAAAUUAUUUCGGCUCUUGAUUUUUGCCACAGUCAUUCCAUAUGCCAUCGUGACUUAAAACCUGAAAAUUUAUUGUUGGACGAAAAAAAUAAUAUACGAAUUGCUGAUUUCGGAAUGGCUUCCCUUCAGAUCGAGGGCAGUAUGCUUGAAACCUCAUGUGGGUCACCACAUUAUGCUUGCCCAGAGGUCAUCAGGGGUGAAAAAUAUGACGGAAGACGAGCUGAUGUUUGGAGCUGUGGUGUAAUACUUUACGCUCUCUUAGUGGGUGCUUUACCUUUCGAUGAUGAUAAUCUUCGACAAUUGUUAGAGAAAGUGAAAAGAGGAGUUUUUCAUAUUCCACAUUUUGUUCCACCAGAGUGCCAAGAUCUUCUAAGAGGAAUGAUCGAGGUUGAUACGAAUAAACGAAUGACCCUCCAAGAAGUAGUUCGACAUCCAUGGGUAACAGGUGGUAGUAAAGCUGAACUGGAACUAGAAUUGCCUAUGAAGGAAGUGGUUCAGACUCAUAUAAUCCCCUCGGUUGAUGAUCUCGAUCCUGAUGUAUUAUCCAAUAUGACUUCAUUAGGAUGUUUUAAGGAGAAAGAUAAACUACUUCGAGAGCUUCUUAGUACAAACCAUAACAUGGAAAAAGUGAUUUAUUUUCUUCUAUUGGAUCGGAAGAGAAGACGACCUGCCUUUGAAGAUGAAACUGAAGUUAUCAUUAGGAAUCGAUCAGAAUCAGUUAAAUCAGAUCCACCACGGAAACGUAUUGAUAGCUGCCAAGCUAAUAGUCGAUCUGGUCCAAAAUAUUCAUUUGAUAUGUUAAGUGAUGGAUCACCGAUAACUCCUCGUCGUUAUCCAUUCAAUAUAAGUACUUGUUCUGCCUCAAAAGUAUAUAUUAAUUGCACUCCAAGUCAUAAUCGUCGUAAUCGUCGAGGAAGUGGCUCUUCAACCGGAAACAGUUCAAGUCUGCUCAAUAAUCCAUUGCUGUCGCCUCUUAACAUACCUAAACCAAUUUCCACACGAACUUCAACUUCCUCAUCGGAGUCUAGUCCAAUUAAUACUCCUCCUGGUUCACCUGGGCUUGGAUCUCAACCUUAUUGGAAAUCUCGUCUCAAUACACUUAAGAACAGUUUCCUUGGAAGUCCAAGGUUUCAUCGGAGGAAAAUGCAAAUUCCAUCUCCAUAUGAGGAGACCAGUUUUACACCAGAGGGAUCACCAGAACUUACCAAGCGUUCCUGGUUUGGUAACUUAAUGGGAACUGAACGAGACGAGACUCAUGUUCUAUUGGUCAAGGAUAAGCCUUUAAGUGCUGUUAAAGCUGACCUUAUCCAUGGUUUUCUUUCUGUAACUGAUUUAAGUCAUUCAGUUCUAUCUCCAAUGUCAUUUAGGGUUGAAUAUAAGAGACCAGGAAAUACUGCAAUGUUUCAAAGAAAUGUCCGUUUCCAUGUUAGUAUAACUCCUGCAGGGCCAACAGGUAAUGGUCAUUCGGGAGUAAGUGAUAAAGUAACAAGUAAUGGUAAAGAUCAUUCAGAUUCUAUCGACAAUGGACCAAAAAUUUAUGCUAUAACAUUCACCUUGAUAUCAGGUCCGAUUCGUCGUUUUAAAAGGAUUUGUGACCAUUUACAAGUUCAUCUAUUGGGCCGCCGAGGAACUAAUCAGUUAUCUCCUCGAAUGGGUCGUCGGCCAACUCGUGAUCUAAGUGAUAGUUCAUGUGGAUCAUGUGGUUCUGGAAGCCUUUCACCAACUGCAACUCGACUUCAUGUUGGCGCUGAAGAUACCGUUAGUCUUGCAGCUCCAAUGUUAACAAGCACAACAAGUUUAUCCAAUAAAAGCGCCCUGUCCCGAUGUAAAUCAGAUCAAGACACUGGUACCGAUAUUUUUGAUCGGGAUAAUACAAAGUUAAUUGUCUGUGCCAAUCCAAACACCAAUAACAUAAGCAUAAGUCUUGUUAGCAGUAACAACAACACCAUUAAUACAACAAAUAACACCAUGAUCAGUGUUAAUAACAACAAUACAAACCAUAAUAAUAAUACUAAUAAUAACCAUACAAACAAUGUUAAUCAUUUAAUUGGUAAUCAUAGUUUAACAACAUCAACAAAUUUAUCCAACAAUGCAAAUCCUAAUAGUAACAAUUUAAUCAACAAUGUAACAUCAAUCAACUCCAAUCUAUCCAAUGUCAAUCAUAUGAGUUUAAAUGGUCUAAAUAGUUCAAACUCGUCGACGACAAAUAUCAAUAAUGGUAACAGUCCUAAUCCACCUCCACCUCCAGCACCGGCAUCAUCUUCAACCCACAUGGUCAGUAUUGUCCGACCCGUUGAGGCCAAUCUAUCAAUUGGUUUAUCCAAUCGAGACCUGACAAGUAACAACAAUUCAACUCGAGAGAGACUAGUGACCAAUGGCCGACGAAUGAGCUUAGAUCAUAAACUAAUGGCUGAUAAUGUUUAAUGUUUCGUUUUACUUUUUCGUUUGUUUGAAAUAUCAUCAAGUCAAUGAAGGAUUUAAAUUAAAUCUCAACAAUUAAGACUUCAAGUUGAAUUGAAUUGAAUUGAAUUGAAU